AUGGCCUCUCUCCGAGCAGCAUGGCAUCGUGGGAGACUAGAAACCGGGAGCACUGUGUCGCUUGCUCUUCUCCUGCUGCUGUCCAGCCUGCAGGUAAUGGGUUCGAUACUAGAAGAUGUAAUUUAUAAACGGACUGAAUACUGGGAAAAUUGUACCAGGACCUUAGCCUCCUCCCACUUCUCAAGAACUGGAAUCUAUUGCAAUGGAUCCUUUGAUCUUUUUGUCUGCUGGCCCCACUCACCUGUUGGAAACGUAUCAGUGCCAUGUCCGUCCUAUCUGCCAUGGAUUAAAGAAGGCAGCUCUAAGAACGUGUACCGGGAAUGCACCUCUACUGGGUCCUGGCGCACUGUGGAGAACUCGACAGAAGUGUGGCGGGAUCAGACAGAAUGCAUCAACCCACAUUACUUCAAACCACAGGAGGAGAACAUGCUCCUCCAAUCUGUGCUGAGAAUCAUCUCCAUCAUUGGGUACACGUUGUCUCUCUCCUCUCUGACUCUGGCCGUGUUUAUUCUGGCCAUGCUGAGGAAACUUCACUGCACAAGAAAUUACAUCCACAUGAACUUGUUUGUGUCAUUCAUAAUGCGAGCUGUAGCUGUCAUUACAAAAGAAAUCAUCUUGCAUGUCAAGUACAGUAACUUACCCAGCGAUGAAAGUGGAUGGAAACAAUACUCCAGCUCUGUGAUCUCGGUGGUCUGUAAAGCCAGUCAAGUGUCCAUGCACUAUUUUGUGGGAGGAAAUUUCUUCUGGCUCUUGGUAGAGGCCAUAUUUCUCCAUACAUCGCUGUUUACUGCAGUGCUCACCAAACGGCGGCUGCUGAAGCGUUACCUUCUCAUUGGCUGGGGAACUCCUUUACUAUUUGUGAUACCCUGGACUGUAACAAAAAUUCUGUAUGAAAAUCAAGGGUGCUGGUCUAUUAAGAGAAUGUGGAUCUGGUGGAUAAUCAGAGGACCCAUAACUUUAUCUGUGGUAGUUAUUUUUUACAUAUUUAUCAAAAUUAUGAAACUGCUGCUUUCUAAGUUGAAGGCAGACCAAGUGAAGUUCACAGACUACAGGUACAGCUUAGCCAGAGCAACACUGGUGCUGAUACCCUUGCUGGGGAUCCAUGAGGUGGUGUUCACUUUCUUCAUUGAUGAAUACAUGGAGGACAAGACACGAUAUGUCAAAAACUUCAUCAAUCUGACACUUAGCUCCUUCCAGGGUCUACUUGUGGCUAUAUUAUAUUGUUUUGCCAAUGGAGAGGUUCAGGCAGAGUUGAAGAAGCGUUGGCAACUGUUCCUGUUUGCCAAUCAUUUGGACUCGCGAAGGUGCACCCAGGGCACGCGUUUCAAGCACGUGUGGAAGUGCUCACGGAGACGGCCUGCCUACUGCUCGGACCCAUGCAAAUGUACUGAGGAUGGGAGCAGGUACCCUGGUAUGCGGCAGCAGCGACUGUCCAUACACUCUGGGAAGGAGGUCCAGCGAGGCUGGCCCAGCAGGCUUGAGUUCUAUGCACGUGGCAGCCUAUCCAGCAGUGAGGGAGAGACAACGCAUGGGGAGACCAUGGAGGAGAUACUCGAAGAGAGCGAGUUUUGA